AUGGCGACUGUGGACGCUACUGGGGAUGCCACCAUAAUGGGGACCCUGUCAGACGAAGAGCCUCCUCCAAGCAAGAGUACCACCACCGUGAACCCUUUAGGAGCUGGGCACACGCACACCAUUAUUUUUCUCCAUGGGCGUGAGGACUUCGGCGAAUAUAUGGCCGAAUUCUUAAGCGACAAAUCUUCAGACGGCCGUACUCUACCUGUGAAGUUCCCCACGAUGCAUUGGGUCUUCCCAACCGCCAAAAUUCGAUUCUCGGCAAGACGAAAAGAAGAACUUUGCAUCAGCUCAUUCCCUUCACUUGAAAGUGAACAAUUCAUAUCUCAAUGGUUCGAUGCAUGGGACUCGAUCGAAGAAUUCGAUAAUGGAUGCACCGGAAACAAGCGCGACAUAUCUCGGCACAUUCAGAUGAUCCUUCAGAGCCCAGAAGGCAACAACCCCCAACGGAAACAACUUCUUCCAGCAUCGAAUGGACUCACAAGUGGUCCCGGAGUGGGAAUCACCAAUUCAUCGAAGGACGACGCCCCAUCGGAACAAGUUAUACCAGCCUCGAACGAGAUUACAAGUGGACCCGAAGGCGGAAUCCCCAGCACUUUGAGGGACGGCGAAUUCAACAAAGCGGCAAAUAUCCUGAGCAGAUUGUCCGAAGGCACACAGCCCGCGACCAAAACUCCACUUUUUCUUGCACACUCGGAGGAUGACGAUAUAGUUCCUUUCGAACUCGGAAACGACUUGCAUCAGAUUAUGAAGGGACUGGGACAUAAUGUAACGUGGAAGAAAUAUAAAGAUGGAGGACAUUGGAUUCAACCAGAUCACGGAGUGGAUGAUAUGUGCACUUUCUUGGAAGGAGUCAUGAACGUCUGAAUCACAAACCAGGAAGGAGCUGUGUCUUUUGUGAAGACAUGUUAAAUAAGAUGUAUUGAAAUGAAGUGAUACGCAG